AUGGAUAUAAAUUUUCCAAAAAGAAUAUUUUUAAAAAUUAUUUCAAUGAUUUUCAAUGAUUUUGAAAAUGAAAUUAUUUCUUGGGAUUCAAAUAAUAAUCAAAGAUUAAUAAUCCAAUUGGUUUGUAAAGAGUGGUGCCAAAAUCUAAGAUUAUUGUGUACAUCAUUAUCAUUGUCAAAGAGUAAUAUAAUUCCAUUAUUUUUUAAAAUUCAAAAUUUUGGAAAUUUAAAACAUUUAGAAAUUUUAAAUGUUGAAGCACCAGAUGUGGUCACAAAAGUAAUUUGUAAUAUUUUAAUAGACCCAAAUAUAAAUAAUAGUAUAAAACAUUUAAAAUCUAUUGAUUUAUCACUUUCCAAUCUUUCAAAUUCUCAUAUUCAUUAUAUUUUAAAUGCAUUAAAAUGUAAUAAAUCUGUUGAAGAUAUUAAUUUAGAAGGUAAUCAAUUAGGUGAUCAAUCAAUUUAUGAUUUAUCUUGUUUCCUUUUAAAUAAUAAUACUAUUAAAUAUUUAGAUUUACAAAAUUGUGAUUCUAAAAAUGGUCUUGCAUGUAUUGGUAUGCUAUUAUCAAAAAAUGAUUCCAUUGUUAGUUUAAAUUGGUCAAAUAAUGAUUCCAACAGUUCCAUUGAUUUUUUGUGUCAUGGAUUAAAAUUAAAUAAUACCUUAACCACAUUAUCACUAAGUGGAUGUAAUAUUGAUGAAUUAGGUGCAAUUUGUUUAGGUGAAGUACUUAAAAAUAACAAUUCAAUUAAAUAUAUAGAUUUAUCGACUAAUCAAAUUGGAGACUAUGGUGCAAUUAGUUUGGCAAAUAGAUUAAGAAAUCAUCCAACAAUAAAGUAUUUGGAUAUAUCAUGCAACAACAUCAGUCAAAGUGGAGUAGAAGAAAUUUCAAACAUUUUACAAUCAAACAAAACUUUAAAAAAAUUAAAAAUUUACCAAAAUAUUAUUAAUAAUAAUAAUAAUAAUAAAAAUACAGAAAUAGAAAUAGAAAUAGAUGAAAACGAAAUUUUCUUUAGGAACUCGCUUGAUGAAAUCGAGAUGAUGGAUACAUCAACAACAGAAUCCAGAAUUUAUUAUAACUAUACAUUACCGCGUCAAAUGAUAAUAUUAUAA